UUUACCUCGCAGAGCCUGAGCAGAGGCGGGAAAUGGCGCCUGGUAACAACGGUGUGUCAUUUCAGAAACGGCCAUUGAGUAGAUAAGAAAUCCACACUACACGAAAACAAGUCAGUCGCUAUGAUGGCAUUCGGGUCGUGAGCGGUUCUUUCGAAAAAUCAAGCAACGCCUCAAAAAAGUGGUUUUCUUUCUGAAGCAGCUUUACAUGUGACUCUGACAACGAUGAGGCUGAGAAUGCGUAAGGCGUCUCAGCAGCCGAUCCCCAGUCUGGCUCCUCGCCCGUCUCGGAGCAAGCGAAGGCAUUCAGAGGUGGAAGAGGAUACGCCUACCAGUGGUGGCAGGGGCUUGUUCUCAACUAUCAAACAGUUCAUCAGAGGAAAUGUUAAGGUGCAGCAGGAGAGCCCAGCCAAGAAGGCUCGCCUCCACUGCGAUGCGGACAACAACCUGAUCACCUCAACUCCAGACACGAACACUUCCCUUAGGGUUGACAGAAAAGGUUCUGUCAACGGAUCAGUGACCAAUCAUGACAGGAGUAAGGAGAAGCCCAAUGGCAGUCUGGAGGAGACAACUGCUGCUGAAGUGCCCACAAGCCCUCCCAGGACAACUCUUCUUGGGACCAUCUUCUCUCCUGUUUUCAACUUCUUCUCAGCAGCUAAAAAUGUCCCAACGGGAUCUGACUCUCCAGACCAGGCAUUGGAAGCUGAGGAAAUAGUCAAGCAGCUGGAAAUGGAACAAAGUGUAGAAACGCCCACCAGAACAGCGGCAUCGACACAGGAACAAUGCACCACCACUAACAUCUACUCAAGUGUAUCCCAGCUGCCAAUUCUGCGACCUCCUCACAUCCCUGCUGGAUACCACACAGCAGAGCAGGGAGAGACUGAUGACCUUCCACCCCUCACUGCUCCAGGCUCCAGUCCAGAUCUGACAUACAUGAACCCUCCUGCUACUGCAGUACCACCAGAAGCAUCCUAUGAUGAAGACUGGGAAGUCUUUGACCCGUAUUUCUUCAUCAAGCAUGUUCCUCCAUUAACAGAAGAGCAGCUCACUCGGAAACCAGCCCUUCCUUUGAAGACCCGUAGCACACCGGAAUUCUCUCUGGUCCUUGAUCUGGAUGAAACGCUGGUCCACUGCAGUUUAAAUGAGCUGGAGGAUGCCGCCCUCACCUUCCCUGUACUCUUUCAAGAUGUCAUUUACCAGGUAUAUGUGCGCUUGAGACCUUUUUUUAGAGAGUUUUUGGAACGCAUGUCACAAAUCUAUGAGAUCAUCCUUUUUACGGCAUCUAAAAAGGUUUAUGCGGACAAACUGCUCAACAUCUUAGACCCCAAGAAGCAAUUAGUGAGACACAGGUUGUUUCGGGAGCAUUGUGUCUGUGUCCAGGGAAACUACAUCAAGGAUCUCAACAUUCUUGGCAGAGAUCUAUCAAAGACCAUCAUCAUUGAUAAUUCACCGCAAGCCUUUGCAUAUCAGUUGUCCAAUGGAAUUCCUAUUGAGAGCUGGUUCAUGGACAAGAAUGACAACGAGCUGCUGAAGUUGGUGCCCUUCCUUGAGAAGCUGGUUGAGAUGGACGAGGAUGUGCGGCCACAUGUACGGGAGAGAUUUCGUCUUCAUGACAUGUUGCCCCCUGAUUGAACUGCACUGUCUCAUCUCAGAUGGGGCUUAACAAGAAAGGACUGAAAUCCAUGUGUGUAAAAAGCCGCUUAAAACAAAAUUAUCGACGCUUCAUUUUUUGUUUUUUUAAACCUACUUCAAAAAACACUAUCUGUUCAGAAGAAAAAUUGUUUUUAAAAUAACUGGAUGAAAUUUUCUUAACGUACACAUGCAACAAGACACUUAGAACUCUGAGUCGGUCCAUUUUUUGACGGACUCUUCAGCUGUGGAGUGGGCUAUCAUCUCCACAUUUUUUCAAGGUUUUGGUGCUUUCUCUGUGGUUCUCAAAAACCGCCUGUUAAGAGGAACUCAAACCUGAGGCGUUGAACCCAAACCACCCAUCCCCUGGUGCUGAAGCUAUCGACACUCCAGUCUACACAGGAAAGACUGGCCUGUAAAUCAAUCUGCAUUUGUGUUUACUUUUUGCCACACUCACACCAAGUCUGUUAUCUAGUGGUUGGCAAAUUUUGUAGCCUGUUCAAUCUGAUGCAUUCCGCUGUAGGUAAACCAAGGUUGUAUUGUUCUAUUUGUUUUGGUAAACCAAUGUCUUUUAGUUUGUAAUUUGUGCUUCACCUUUGAAGUGUUUUGAAAGGAGGCACGAAAAUGUUAACGAUAAAUGUAAGAAUUUUUUAUUUUUUUUUUUAAAAGAAUGUCAGCACAUUUUUCUUCUCUGAGGCUUAAAGGUUUUAUCUUCUUCACUGUAGACACAGCAGAGCGCUUUUAGGAAAUUUGGUAGAACCCAUUGCGUUGCAUAAGGCUUGAGGGCAUUCAUGUUGGAAGUGAUGUGUCAAGUUAAUGUUGCAGUAUUUGAUUUGUCAAUCAGUGUUGUCCUUUACUUGUAAUCUAGUAUUCUGUCUUAAUCACAGACUGUGUCUUUCAGUUGUGAAGUGAAAUUUGAUGGCUAUCAAUAGCAUAUUGACAAUGUAGCGCGGCCAGUGUCUCUCGACGUGCGGUCAAAACCUCGAACCAGCCAAUAUGGCACCAGCAACAUAUUUUCUCUCGGUCAGUCUCAGUGAGCACCUUUUAUGUAUGCUUGUACAAGGAAAUGAUUUUUGUUGAACUUUUUUUUUUUUUGCUCAUGAGACAGAACAAAUGUGCAUCAUAGCGGUGAUUUGCUUAAUCCAACUUCUUGUCAAUGUAUCGUGAUAACUGGGCAAUGUUUUGUUUAAGGUUUGUAUCGAAGUGCUUUUAUAUUUUUACUGGCACAAAUUGACAGCUUUGGUCUGGGUUGCUACAUCGUGCCAUACGAUUCAUUUCUCAGCUUGUAGCAUUUUUCAGUGUUCACGCUCUUAAUGGUUAGACAAAAAAAAAAAAGACAAUCAGACCGCAGAGCACCAGGCAUUCCCGCACGUUUGUGCACUUGCAUUUAUUUGUGUCCAGUGUGUUAGAUUAGCCAGAUGAAUCUUGCUCUGCUCUGGCCAAACUCCAAAUUCCCGCUGUUGCAGGCAGGCAGAUAUCAGAGGUGGUUGCCAUCUGUUCAGCACCUGGCCCUUAUUGCCUUUUGCGUCGUAUGUUUUUUGCGCUCCAGGAAUUCGAUUGUGCUUGUGUUUCUUGUACAAUUUAGGCAAGCUAGGCAGCUGCCUAGGGUGGCAAAAUCAUGGAAAAAUUCCGCCCUAGCAUUUUUUUCCCGCCCAUUCCAGCGCUCUCACUCCCCCACCCAAGGUCAAAAACAUUUAGGGGGCGGCAAAAAGAUAAUUUUGAAAUUGCUGGGGGCGGGGGCACUAUUUUUGGGAGUUGCUUAGGCUGACAAAUAAUCUGACAAAUCGUGCAGGGCACAAUGAGGUAUACUUGUACUGAUGAGUGGACAUCUAGACACUGAAUGUAAAUUGUGCAAGGGUGGAAGUCGCAGGUGUCUUUACAAAUCCUCAAGUUUUAGAACAACUAGAUGGAAGCAUUGGAGCGUGAAGUGAAGGUUUGAACAAUGCGAAAAAGAACACUCACUUUGAGCUGCCGCCCCGGUGCCCACAUCUCCCACCAAUUGUUUAAGCCAACUUUUUGUAUGCAAGCCUCACUGAGAGAUUGUGUGACGGUUGUGAGUUUGAAUGGUUCUCACGGCUGUUUCUGAAGGAACUCGGAGAGGCAUUUAAUGCGCGUCAUCCAGCUCCUUUUAAUGUGCAUUACAAGUUUAUUGUACACUUGGUGUGGUAUAAUACAUCCAGCCUGGUGUUUUUUAUCCUUAAAGUAAGGAAACAUAUUUUGUAUCUUGGAUUUUAAAAAGGCAUGUUUAUUAUAUCAGCUUUUAAACUGUAUUGAUUAACUUCAGAUGGAGUGUUUUAUUUUCUCUUGAAAAUAUUUGUUUAGUUUAGCCCAAUGUCACUAAACUGUUAAGCUUAGCAUGUAGAGGAUACAGUUUGGUUUGUGGCAGAAGUCCUGAGUUAAAUUUUAGUCAAGGCACUUUCCUGCUAAAAGUAAAGUCUUUCUGAAAAGUAAUAAUCCCCCCCACCCGUAUCCUUCAAUCUCAUGUUAUGCUACUUUACUUGUAAGAAUUAUUUGUGCAGAAGAUGUAUUUAAAUGUUUAAGACAUCUUUGUUAGCCGCUAGGCUAUGUACUAUUGUAAAGUGUAUAUACAGUUACAUUGAAUUUCUGAAACAAAGUUUUAAAGUUAAAAGCC